UAUCGAUCCCCCCCACCCCCCCACACCCCCUCCCCUUCCUGUAACCGGUUCCGUUUGCCAGCUGCACCUCGCUGACGGGAAGAAAAAAAAAAGCAGCAGUGGAAGAAGCCACACAGAAAGGGCGAUUCAACCAACAUGGCCCCCUCGGCUCGGCCCAGCAGCACUGGACUUGAUAUGGAAGAAGAUGAAUCCUACUACGGGAUUCACAAAGCGGACAGAAAGACCAGGAAACCUUUGGUGGAGAAGAAGAGGCGAGCUCGCAUCAAUGAGAGCUUACAGGAGCUGCGGACUUUGCUGGCAGACACAGACUUUCAUUCCAAGAUGGAGAACGCAGAAGUGCUGGAGAUUACGGUGAAGAAGGUGGAGGACGUACUAAAGAACCGAACCCAAGAAACAGACACACUCAACCAAGAAGCGAGUGAGAGGUUUGCAGCUGGCUACAUCCAGUGCAUGCACGAGGUCCACAUGUUUGUGUCCAGCUGUCCUGGGAUAGAUUCAACAGUUGCGGCGGAGCUCCUUAACCAUCUCCUGGAGUGCAUGCCCCUGAAUGAGGACCACCUCCAGAAUGUGCUGAUGGAUCUAAUUACUGACACUUCUGGGAGUAACGGCAGCACUUGGCACGGAGGCGACGAGGCGCUCUGCACGACUCUGGCUUCACCUGGAGGAAGGAGUCUAUCCAGCAGCUCGUCCUCGGCCCUCUCCCCGGCCCCCUCCACCACCUCCAGCGAGGACCUGUGCUCCGACUUGGACGAGACCGACAGUGAGCACAACCAGAGUUCCACUGAGGGCUUGGAGAAUAGGGAGGGCCUGAGCAUGCCUACCAUGACCUACCCUCAGUCUAUGUGGAGACCCUGGUAGGGGUCUGGGGUUUUGAUGGAAUGCGGUUGGGAUAUGUUGAAGCUCCUUUCUUUGAGGACAUGACAAAGGGCCUCUUACUGAAAAGGAAAAGUCCACCCUACGGCACACGACACUUCACAAAUAACCAUUUUGGAUGGUGUAACUUUCAUUUCUUGGCUUAUUUACCCCUUGCAGAUAACUGGCCACAAGCAUGGUUUGAUUUUCUGGAUUCUACACAUUAAUGUUCAAUCAUCAAAUCUGUUCUCUAGAAAUUUUGCCCGCUGACAACAGCCUCGGUUUAUCCCAGUGCAGUGCAACCGCAGAUCACUUUGCGUUUUGUGGAGGGAACCUGGCUGUGGCUUUUUCACCCUAAACUGAAUGCUGCAGGUUUGAAUGUUUUCCUUGGCAUUCUGGGAGAUGUAGGAAUUCACUCAGUGAAAUAGAAGUAGAAAAACACUCCUUAAGUGCUUUGGAUAUCAUAGAAAAAAAUGUCUUAAAGAAAGGUUUUCUUUUAUCUCAUUACAUGGGCCCUUUCUCUCAAGGGCCCUUCAAGCUUGGGGCCUCCUGAAAGUGUUCUCUCUUUCCUUUUCAGUAAGGACUCUCUGGCUUUGAGUCCGCAUUUGUGACUUCUUCUUUUUUUACACCUGGAGAAAGAUGAAACAUUCACUUAUAAACCAGCAAAGGACAGACGAGGAACCGUUCACUUUUUUGCAUCUAUAACUCUGUGUAAAUAGCUCUUUUUAGAAACCGAGAAGUUUGGCAAUGCCUCUGAUUAAUAUAAAUAUUUCUAUUGUAUUUCAUAAAGGCCUGUAGUUUAGUGGACCAUUAGCCUCCUUCAGAAUGACCACUUUAUGUUGACAUGAUGUUUAGAAAUGCCAGUAAAAUGUUUGAAUUUGCUAAAUAAAAUAAUGUAAUUGAAAAGCUG